AUGUCUCUUUGUGCCUCUUCUCACAAGGAGUUUUCUCGGCAGUUACCUAUUCAAGAUAUGGAUAUCAAAAAUUCACCAUCUAGCCUUAAUUCUCCUGCCUCCUACAGCUGUAGUCAAUCUGUCCUACCCCUGGAUCAUGGCCCCAUAUAUAUUCCUUCCUCCUAUGUAGAGAACCAAGAUGAGUAUUCAGCCAUAACAUUCUAUAGCGCUGCUGCAACGAAUUACAGUGUUCCCAACAGUGCCAAUAACUCGGAAGGUGGGCCUGGUCAACAGACCACAAGCCCAAAUGUGUUGUGGACAACUCCUGGGCACCUCUCUCCUUUAGCGAUCCAUCGCCAGUCAUCACUUUUGUAUGCAGAACCUCAAAAGAGUCCUUGGUGUGAAGCAAGAUCGCUAGAACACACCUUACCUAUAAACAGAGAGACACUGAAAAGGAAGGUUAGUGGGAGCAGUUGCACCAGCCCUGUUAGUAGUCCAAGUUCAAAGAGGGAUGCCCACUUCUGUGCAGUCUGCAGCGAUUACGCAUCAGGAUAUCACUAUGGAGUCUGGUCGUGUGAAGGAUGUAAGGCCUUUUUUAAAAGAAGCAUUCAAGGACAUAAUGAUUAUAUUUGUCCAGCUACUAAUCAGUGCACAAUAGAUAAGAACCGACGCAAGAGCUGCCAGGCCUGCCGACUUCGGAAGUGCUAUGAAGUAGGAAUGGUGAAGUGUGGCUCCCGGAGGGAAAGGUGUGGGUACCGCAUAGUGCGAAGACAAAGGAGUUCUGAUGAGCAGCUUCACUGCCUGAACAAAGGCAAGAAAAACGGUGACCAUGUGACCCGAGUGAAGGAGUUACUGCUGAGCUCCCUGAACCCUGAGCAGCUGGUGCUCACCCUCCUUGAGGCGGAGCCGCCCCACGUGCUUGUGAGCCGGCCCAGCAUGCCCUUCACCGAGGCCUCCAUGAUGAUGUCCCUGACCAAGCUGGCUGACAGGGAACUUGUACACAUGAUCAGCUGGGCCAAGAAAAUUCCCGGCUUUGUGGAGCUCAGCUUGUUCGACCAAGUGCGGCUCUUGGAGAGCUGCUGGAUGGAGGUGUUAAUGGUGGGGCUGAUGUGGCGCUCAAUUGACCACCCGGGCAAGCUCAUCUUUGCUCCAGACCUCGUUCUGGACAGGGAUGAGGGGAAGUGUGUAGAAGGAAUUCUGGAAAUCUUUGACAUGCUCCUGGCAACAACUUCAAGGUUUCGUGAGUUAAAACUCCAACACAAGGAGUAUCUCUGUGUCAAGGCCAUGAUCCUCCUCAACUCCAGUAUGUACCCUUUGGCUGUAGCAACCCAGGAGGCUGAGAGCAGCCAGAAGCUGGCUCACUUACUGAAUGCCGUGACUGAUGCCCUGGUCUGGGUGAUUUCCAAGAGUGGCAUCCCCUCUCAGCAGCAGUCCAUUCGCCUAGCCAAUCUCUUGAUGAUUCUCUCUCAUGUCAGGCAUGCCAGUAACAAGGGCAUGGAACAUCUGCUCAGCAUGAAGUGCAAAAACCUGGUCCCCAUGUAUGACCUGCUGCUGGAGAUGCUGAAUGCCUACACACUUCGAGGGUACAAGUCCUCGGUUACAGGGUCCGAGUGCAGCCCAGCAGAGGACAGUAAGAGCAAAGAGGGCUCCCAGAACCCAAAGUCUCAGUGA